AAAAAGUGACUAAAAAUGUUUAAUUUUAUAAAUAAAAGGUUCACGCCCAUAGAAAGAGAGACAGAGUAAAGAAACCAAAAUAAAAGCACCUACCAGUCUCCUGGCCAAAGUAAUCAAAGUUGAAUAAUGCAGAUUCGAGGGCUAUAAUUCUUCUUUCUCUCAACCCAGUAGAAAAUUUUGUUCGCAUCCACAUCCACAUCUUUGAUCUCAGGCAAUCGGGAAUUCACUCGCAUGUGGGUUCAUUGAUUUGUCACAAAAAAAGAUGGAAGUGAGAAACGGUGCUGAAGAAAUUGAUUAUCUGGAGAAAGGUUUGUUGUCCCGGGCACCUGAGGACGAAGAUGAAAGUGUCCUGUACAGGGCCUCCUUUGAAGAAUCGCAGGAGAACUUCGUCAAGUAUCAAACUGCAAGGUGGAUUCUUUGCUCGUUGCUUUUAGUGUUAGCUUGGGGUAUUGGCUUGUUCAUGUUGCUAUAUAUACCGGUCCGAAGAUACAUUUUGCGAAAAGAUAUCCUGUCUAGGAAGCUCCAUCUUACCCAUGAUGCAAUUGUAUACAAGGUAGUAAGACCAGUUACAUUUCCAUGUUUUGGGGUUUUGAAGAAGGAGAAACAUGUUCUAUUGCAUUCUGUUGCUGACAUUGUGAUUGAGCAAGGAUACAUGCAAUCUCUUUUUGGUGUAUACUCGGUGAGAAUUGAAAAUAUUGGUAUAAGAAGGCCUCCUAGUGAUGAUGUUCAAAUUCAAGGUGUGGCAAAUCCUAAUGCUUUCAAAAGGGCUGUUCUAACCAGGCUUUCAAAUAUGAGAAAUGAAGCUUUCUCCAGACAAGUUUCAAUGAUUGAGGAUGCCCCAAACUCAUUGAUGAGCUAUCCAUCAGCAGCUUAUAUCUCGCCUUCGCCUAGAUCUUUCCAACAUUUAGGAGAUCAUAUCAUAUUACAAAAACUUGAAGAAGUUAGCAGCUCAGUGAAGAGGGUCCGGUCCUUAGUUGAAGAGAGACAUCCCAAAACCUCAGAACCAAUAGACUGAAAGAAUGAUUACAAGAGAAGGUAGCUAGGGCUUUCAGAUAAAGCAGAUUUGAUGAUGAUUCCAUUUUCU